UUGAUCAAGUAAAAGCAGCCUUGGUGAGCAUAAGAGCGUUCUUUCAAAAACAUUUAUAAAUUAUUCAACAAUCAGAACUCAUGUGUUUACUGGUAUGUGUGUAACAAAUGUUCACAUUUAUACUCAUCAAUAGUAUAUACAUUGAUAAAAAACUACAUUCAUUAUGAAACAGAACUCAGUAUUUUUCUAAAUUUUACAUGACAUAGGCAAGUUGAACAAUAACAGUUGAACAGCUGCACGUUUGUGUUUCGAGAUAUAUUAGGAAAACUACAUUACCCAGCAUCCUUGUUGUGCGCCUGCGCAGAACUCACUUUGCCGCUAAUGAGUUGUUGAGGGAUGCAAUGCUCCAUAGCAACAUCAGUACCAGCGGAGGAGCGCUAUAGCGGACGACCUGGGAUAAAUAUCCUGAGAAUAUCUGAAACAGGUGCUGCAUGCUGACAGCAUGGACGACCAGAAGGAGUCACUGAGGAAGAUUAUCACUACGUUGGCUCUGAAGAAUGAGGAAAUUCAGAACUUUGUCUGCUGUCUAAAGCAGAAUCUAGAGAACCUAGAGGUAAACAAUACAACGAAUUCAAACCGAGUGCAGGAGGAUCUGGAGUCAGAGUUUAGUUCUCUGCAUGCUGUCCUGGACGAAUUGAAAGAGGGCAUGGUGACGCGCAUCAAGCAGGAAAGAGCCAGCCGCACAUAUGAGCUACAGAGUCAGCUGAGCGCAUGCACCAAAGCCCUAGAGAGUUCAGAGGAGCUGCUGGAAUUAGCCAAUCAGACGCUCUGCUCAUCCGAGAAUGACAGCUUCACUCGGGCGGCCAAAGACAUAAAGGAUAGCGUAACUAUGGCUCCAGCAUUUCGUCUGUCCCUGAAAGCAAAGGCCAGCGACAGUAUGAAUCACAUGAUGGUGGACUUCACUCAGGAAAGAAACAUGCUGCAGGCCAUCACAUUUCUUCCAGUGCCUGCCACACCAGAAAUUAACGUGGCUGAAUGCCAGGUGUUUGAUAACACGGUCACAGUGGUGUGGACCUUACCGGAACCUGACACCAAAAUCGACCACUACAUCCUGGAAUACCGGAGAACCAAUCAUGAAGGUCCACCUCGGGCUCGAGAAGACUAUCCCUGGAUGGUGAUGGAAGGGAUAAAAGAAACUGAGUACACACUCACAGGCCUUCGUUUUGACACGCGUUACAUGACCUUUAGAGUGAAGGCGUGCAAUAAAGCUGUGGCGGGUGAAUUUUCAGAGCCGGUUACUCUAGAAACACAUGCAUUCGUCUUUAAACUGGACGCAGGUUCAGCCCAUCAGAACCUAAAGGUGGAGGAUCUCAGUGUGGAAUGGGACAGCAGUGGUGGGAAGGUCCAGGACAUCCGUAAGGAAAAGAACAGAACCAGCUCUCCCAUGCAUUCUCCUGCCAGGACAGCCAUGAUGUCCCCUAAAAGAGCUCCAUCUGCUAGAGUGGGUCGAGACCGCUUCACAGCAGAGUCCUACACUGUCCUGGGAGACACCAUGAUUGACGCUGGGCAGCAUUACUGGGAGGUACGGUUUGAUAAGGAGAGUAAGGCAUUUGCAGUGGGGAUCGCUUUGCGGUCUCUAGGACGCUUCGAUCAACUGGGGAAGAGUAACGCUUCUUGGUGCAUCCACCUGAACAACUGGCUUCAGCAGAGCCUCACAGCCAAGCACAACAAUAAAGCCAGAACACUGGACUGCCCUAUUCCGGACCGCAUCGGCAUUUACUGCAACUACGAAGAGGGCACAUUGUCUUUUUACAACUCCAGAACCAAAGCUCUCCUUCAUACCUUCAGAACCAAGUUCCAGCAGCCUGUUAUACCAGCCUUUAUGUGUCUGAAAGGGUUCAAUAAAGGAUUCGGUCUGUCUAAACCCCUCCGAGAGCCUACUCUGCUCUGAUUGGUCAGAUGGCCCAGUCUGUUGUGAUUGGUGCACCUCUUACGGCGCGUGUCGUAAACGAAACGCCCAUUACCGUUAUCUGAAUUUCAGCUCAGGAGGCCUUCUCUGCACUUUCAUACACAGUGAUAUGAACAAUUUUUUGUUUCUAGAAAAACACAUCGGCCUCAUGCUCUCUCUCGCCCCCUAUAGGUGUGGAAUGGGAGUUUCUCAGUGCAGACGGGCCUUCAGGUACCCAGUAUUGUGUUGAGCGGUCAGAAGAGAAACAGUAAUACAAGCAGCUCUAAUGCCAGCCUUACCUAGAUCAUUCUUCACUGAUAAACAUACUCUAGAACUGCUACAUGUAUGCACAAGUUUGGAGAACACCUGGCUAUCCCUGACACAACACUGACGCAACAAGCCUGGAGGCUCUUCCUAUCAUCACUAUGUCUUGCCAGCGCAGGGGAAAGCUGCUCUAGUUUGCCUUCCUCAUUCCUUUUAGCUCAUUGGUCUGGAUUCUGUGCCUUUCAGUGUCCUGAAUUAAGACAUGAUGGGGUAUUGCUCUAUUUAAACAUGCAAAGAGCUUUAUUAGCCUGGAGUUCAUGUGUAUAUCACUGGGGCCAAACAUUGUUUUUAGCAUUAGUUCAUUCAAACCACAGUAUCUGAACCACAUUUGAACAGUUAUUUCAAUGCAACAGCAGCAUGUUGGUGUUUGAAAUCUGAAACUGUAUUAUAUUUACACACUGAAUGUCUUAAAUGAUAUGCCUGGAAUUCUGCUACAGUAGCUGCUUCUGUGAAACCUUUUUAAACUUAUACUUAGUAUCAGAGUAGCACAAUAAUCUUAAGCUAAAUCAUAGACAUCAAAUGCCUUUUAUAGAAUGUAUUAAUUGAGCAGUUCCAGCAUCUGAGGAGGGAGGCAGGUUUAACAAAACAUUUGGUUGUGCAUGGUCAAUGUGUGUGUGUGUGUGUGUGUGUGUGUGUGUCCAUGUUCAUAAUCUGCCACCCAGAAAGGUACAUUACAGUGUUCUUGAUGCAAAUAUUUACCAGACCUUACUUUUCUGUAUGCCUGCUGCAAUUAUGUAUUACAUAUUAUAGAAGACUUAUUCUUUGCCAUACUGCUGUCCUCUUAAAGGGAUAGUUCACCCAAAAAUGAAAAUUCUGUCAUCGUUUACUCAUCCCUUAAGUUGGUCCAAACCUGUAUGACUUUGUUUUGAUAGUUAAGUUAAUAUUCCCAUUAAAGGUGCAGUAAGCGAUUUCUGAGAAACACUGUUGAUAUACUUUUUCAAGUAACUAGUAAAGUAGUGCAUUACUUUCUUAAAUAUCAAAGUUACGCAAGUUUUUUUUAUAUUUAUUGACUGACAGCUCUUCUGUCCCCAUGUUGAGAGAAAUAAAGUGCACGCUGUGUGCACUGCGUGAACAUGAUGGUUAUUGUAGUUCUAGACUAAUUGUGAACAUGCCAUCACACUUGCUCAAAAACAGUUUUCCUCAAAAUUAAUAAAAACAUUGAAAUGCAAUCUCAGAAUUUUACGCAAGCCUGUAAUAAUUAACUAUAUUAAAUUACACAAACAUACUUUAUGUAUUUAAUCUCACUUUAUUAACCAAUAAUUCAACUAUACUAAUAAACAUAAAUUACUUUAGAUUAGAUUUAGAGAUGAGUGUUAAACUUCCUUCUCCUGCAUCCCAUCUUCUUUAAUCCAGAAUGGCAGCACAGCUGAAAGGUUUGUUUGAGCUGCGCUCUCUACCGUACAGGUGUAAAUAUGCAUUUCCUUCAGUCUGAGGCUUAUUCAUUUCAUUUUUGGUGUGAAAG